GCGUUGGUGGGCGGGGUCAGCGGCGGGGGCGUUCCGCUUGGGUUGCUGAUAUCCCGGCACAUCCCGCCGCCCGCCGCGCCGGAGCUGGUGGGACAGUAUGGGUUGGUCUCAGCAUUUGUUCGGCGUCCUGCGGAGAGCACUGUCAAAGGAAGUGAAAGAGCAAGUGGGCACAGACCGGUUCGGGAACAAAUACUAUUAUAUCCCGGAGUACAAGAACUGGAGAGGACAAACUAUUCGAGAGAAAAGAAUUGUAGAAGCAGCAAAUAAAAGAGAAAUAGACUAUGAAGUGGGGGAUAUCCCAACAGAAUGGGAAGCUUGGAUCAGAAAAACAAGAAAGACUCCGCCUACUAUGGAGGAAAUAAUGAAGAAUGAAAUAUACAGAGAAGAAAUUCAAAUGAAAAGCCAAGAUUUUUAUGAAAAAGAAAAGCUUCUUCAGGAGGAGAGCAACAAGGAACUUCCUCCACCAGUUCAAACUCAGAUUAAAGGGCACGCCUCUGCUCCGUACUUUGGAAAAGACGAACCCUCAGUGACUCCCACCAGCACUGGCAAAACCUUUCAGCCAGGAUCCUGGAUGCCGCAAGACGACAAGCGCCACAGUCAAUGAGUGUACUGUGGUAAAGCUUUAUAUAUAUCUGACUAUUUUAACAAAUAAAAGUAAAAAGUUACUUUGUGCUUUUCACCUCUACUCUAGUUUCUCUUUGCCGUUAAGCUUAAGAUCUUGUUUUCACUGUUGUGUAAGUGUGAGAUUAUCAACCAUCAAAACCUAACUUCUUGUAGGCUUAAAUCCUUCACUUGGCUUAUUCAGUCAUCAUUCUCUGUUUAUGAAUUUGCUCAGUUUUUUUCCUCUUUUAUUUGUUUCCAUAUAUCUUGGUAGAAACGGUAAGGGUAAAUAAAUACUGAGCUCAGAACACUGCUAUUUCUAUAGAUUCUAAAGGACUAAUUUCUAUAAUUCUAAAGGAUCUAUAGAAAUUAGAGAAUAUAGAAAUUCUCUGUUUAUGAAUUGUCUAAGAUUUUUCCCUCUUUGGAUUGCUCCCAUAUAUCUAGGUAGAAAUGGUAAGGGUAAAUAUUGAGCUUAGAAGAAUGCUAUCUCUAUAGAUUCUAAAGGAUUCUAAAGAUAAGAUUCUAAAGGACUAAUCAAAAACAUGAACUUGGAUGAGGCACGUGGAGGCCAAGAAAAUUUACUUGAUAAAUGAAAAAAAAAAACUAUCUUGAUGAG